CCCGACCCUCAGUGGCCACAGACCGGGGGUAUAGUCUUAGACCACAUGUCGCUCAUCUACGACAGCGCACCCGACAAACCGGUGCUCAAAGACAUCACGUGUGAGAUAAGGGGCGGCGAGAAGAUCGGUAUCGUUGGCCGCACGGGUGCGGGCAAGUCGUCCGUCAUAUCGGCGCUGUUCCGUAUGGUUGAGCCCACGGGUCGUAUAGUCAUCGAUGGUGUGGACACCAAACGCAUCGGUUUGCAUGACUUGCGUCGGGCGCUGGCAAUCAUACCGCAGGAACCGGUAGUGUUUUCGGGUACGAUUCGAAGUAAUCUAGAUCCUUUUAGCGAGCAUUCAGAUACGGACAUCUGGUCAGCGUUGGAGUCGGUGCAGCUCCAGGACGUGGUCAGCGCCAUAACCGGUGGUCUGGACGCCAGUCUUAGCGGCGGUGGCCUUGAGUUUAGCGCCGGUCAGCGCCAAUUGGUGUGCUUAGCCCGGGCUAUACUCCGUCACAAUAGGGUACUAGUGCUCGACGAGGCGACCGCUAAUGUUGACCACCAAACCGAUGCACUCAUCCAACGUAUUAUAAGGACUAGUUUUCACGAUUGCACUGUACUUACUAUAGCCCAUAGGCUUAACACUAUCAUCGAUUGCGAUCGAGUUAUGGUAUUGGACCAAGGCAGACUAUGCGAGUUCGACGAUCCGCACAUACUGUUGGAGCGAAUGGGCAUGUUUUACGACAUGUGCCAAAUGACUGGACCCGAUAUGGCCCAGCAUUUGCACCACACGGCCAAAGAGGCCUUCAUUAAAAAGUCACAGAUAUCUUUAAUACUCAAGAAUACUGUUAAAAUGCAAUAUACUCCAGCUGAAUACGAGGAGGUUACUCUGUAUCCUAAAGAAUGUGCUAGAGCGUUUGUCCAGAGUAUUGUUUCCAAAAAUAAGGAAUACGACAUAAUUGUAGACCUCGGGUGUGGGACCGGGUAUUUGGUAGACCUGUUGUCGCAAUCAGUGAAACACAAGCGCAUCGUUGGACUCGACAUCUGUCCAAAUAUGAUAGCAUUUGCCGAACAAAACCACAAACCCAUGGAUUCCGUCCAGUAUUUGGUCCAAGACUUGAGCCAAUCCUGGGAUUCAUUGAGUCCUGUAUUGAAAGCAUUGGAGUCUAAGGUAUCGCUAAUUGUAUCGGAUUUUGUCAUUCAUUGGUUUCCCGAUAAGAGCCGACUAAUGCAUGUCGUGAGCAAACUGUUGGCCAAAAACGGAGAAUUUGUGGCCAAUUAUGUUCGCACACCGGAUGUCAUGUCAUUGUUGACCGACGAACAGAGCAAACAAUACAAUAUACAAUUGCAGACAAAGAGUGAAUCACAACAAUUGGAUGAAAUACAGACGGCGUGUUCGCACAAUGGCUUAAAUGUAACCAAGAAUUGUGUCAUUUUGCACACAAGCCGUGUCAACAAAUACGCCAUCAAAUGUGGGUUUUAUUACACCGACACAAGCGGUCCCUUGAAUUUUGGUCCCGCUUUCCAAAUAGCGGACAAAACUUCGCCAUUGUUUGCAUUCAUGCGAAACAUAAUGUUUGACAUAGCGUUACGUCCGGACGCGACUGCUCUUAACCCUCACGCCUACGACCAGUUGGCCCACAAAUGGGACCCAAACGGACCCGCAGUUCCCACUUAUUAUCACGGCAUACAUAUU